ACUUCCGAUGCUGAUUCCUCUGAUGUACCAUUUCUUCACUGUACAUAUCAUUCAAUGCACUUCCGCGUCAUCCUUCAUUCUUACGUACUCUAAAAUGAAUCCAUCCAUCCAUCCAUCCAUCCAAGUUAUCAGGCGACCUCAACAAUUCCCGUCCCGUCCCUCUCUCAAAAAGCGCUCAGCGACGCCGCCAGUAUUGACAACGUACCAUCCAGAGGCCCAGUAAUCGUUCCCGGAAGUUCCCCUGGACUAUGCAAGUCCAACAACAACAACAACAACCCUCGUCCACUCAGCACGCUUUACCAUCACUUCAAAGCAUCACCCUUCCUACAUCGUCAUCCAAGUCUCCCUUCUUUGCCGUUCCAGCAGUACCCCAUUUGCAGCAGCCUACUACCUCCAGACCCCAAGCCAAG